ACUGAGGCAUGGGAAAAGGAAAAAACAACUAGCGUAUCUUCCCAUCCUUCUAUCCCCACAUCACGACGACCACGUCGUCUUUUGACUCCUUCUCCUCCCUCGAUUCCCUCCAAUUCUCCUCCAUUUAAUCUCUCCGAUUUCUCCGUUCCCCUCCAUUGCUUUCUUCGCUUUGGGUUUCGGCAGUUUUGUCGUUUUUUUUUCUCAUUUCUGAUUUUAUUUCCUAAAUUUUUUCUUUUUUUUUUUUGGCGGAAAUGGGUUCACUGAACGGAGAUGGAAUCGCUGGCUAUGACAUGGCUGGAGAAUAUGAAAGAAAGGGCGAGAAAAAUAGUAAAGAGGAUAUUUCAGGUGGAUACGUUUGCGAAAAUUUCUCCAGUUCCGAGAUUUUCUCAGACGGGGGAGGUUUGAAUUCCGAUGAUAGUGGAAAACAGGAAGCAAAGCGAUGUCCGUUGGAUAUGAUAAAAGAUUCACAGGAAGCUAUGGAAUUUGAUCAACAAUUCUCUGAAAUCGAGAUCGAGAAGAAACACGUACCUGUUGAAGAUCGUCAGGACAUGUCUGCAAUGACGGAAAAUUUGAAUGAAGUUCAAAAUGUUCCAUUAGAGGACCUUGGCUCCGGUGCUGAUACAGCCGUUAGCUCCGAAACCAACGGCGAUGAACAGAUCAUUCCUCCUCAUUCGCAGCUACCAAAGCCAGAGGCACCACCGGGACUCUUGAAUCCUCCAUCGAUGGAAGAUUAUUAUCGAGUAGAGCGAUCGCAGUCCUUAACGGAGAACUUGCCAGCAAUUGGUAAAUACAUCCGAGACCGGAGCAAUAGCUUAUCGGCGGCAAUCGUCAAGCGGAUAUCGUCUUUCAAAGAGAGCGAUGAAUCGAAAUCGAAGUGGAAUAAUGUGACAGAGUUCAAUCUCUCGGGACUCAAGGUGAUCGUGAAGCAGAAGGAUGAAAACAGAGACUUCGCGCUCAAAGGUCGAAUCAGUUUCUUUUCCAGAUCGAAUUGCAGGGACUGUACUGCGGUUCGAUUGUUCUUCAGAGAGAAAGGUCUUAAAUUCGUGGAAAUCAACGUCGAUGUGUAUCCGUCGAGAGAGAAAGAGCUGAUGGAAAGAACUGGGACGUCGUCCGUACCACAGAUUUUCUUCAACGAGAAGUUCUUUGGAGGUCUGGUGGCUCUGAAUUCGCUUCGGAACAGCGGGGACUUUGACCGUAGGCUGACGGAGAUGCUCGGGAGGAAAUGCCCCGACGACGCUCCAGCACCACCGGUGUACGGUUUCGACGAUUACGAGGAAGAUACCACCGACGAGAUGAUCGCGAUAGUUAGGGUUUUGCGGCAAAGACUGCCAAUUCAAGACCGUCUGAUGAAGAUGAAAAUCGUGAACAACUGCUUCGCCGGCGCUGAGAUGCUGGAGGUGAUGAUACAGCACUUCGAUUGCGGCAGGAAGAAGGCCAUUGAGAUUGGGAAGCAGUUGACUAGGAAGCACUUCAUUCAUCAUGUCUUCAGGGAACAAGAUUUUGAGGAUGGAAAUCAUUUCUACCGUUUCCUUGAGCAUGAGCCUUUUAUUCCUAGAUGUAUCAAUUUUAGGGGAUCAACAAAUGACAGUGAGCCCAAAACCGCUGCUGCAGUUGGCCAAAGGCUCACCAAGAUAAUGUCCGCAAUUCUUGAGUCCUACGCCUCUGAUGACAGGCGCCAUGUUGAUUAUAUGGGAAUUAGCAACAGUGAGGAAUUCCGGAGAUAUGUAAAUUUGGUUCAGGAUCUUCACCGGGUAGACAUCCUAGCACUCUCAACAGAUGAGAAACUGGCCUUCUUCUUGAACCUGUACAAUGCCAUGGUCAUCCAUGCAGUGAUUAGAGGAGGGCGUCCAAAUGGGGUCAUUGACAGGAGAUCCUUCUUUUCUGACUUCCAGUACCUUGUAGGAGGCAAUGUCUACUCCCUCAACACAAUUAAAAACGGGAUCCUCAGAAAUAAUCGGAGAUCGCCAUACUCCUUAAUGAAACCCUUCAGCAAUGCUGACAAGCGCCUAGAGCUGGCCCUUCCAAAAGUGAAUCCAUUAAUCCAUUUUGGACUCUGCAAUGGAACAAGAUCAAGCCCCUCGGUCAGGUUCUUCUCACCCAAAGGGGUUGAAGCAGAACUAAGAUGUGCUGCAAGAGAGUUCUUCCAGAGGGACGGGAUAGAGGUGGACUUGGACAAAAGGACAGUCCAUCUUAGCCGGACCCUCAAGUGGUUCAAUGCAGAUUUUGGACAGGAGAAAGAGGUCCUCAAGUGGAUCAUGGAUUACUUGGAUGCAACUAAAGCUGGUCUGUUAACUCAUCUGUUGAGCGAUGGAGGACCCGUUAAUGUGGCAUACCACAAUUAUGAUUGGUCCGUGAAUUCCUGAAUUCCCAAAUUGAUCCCUAGUUCAUUCUCAUGGUUUGGACAUGGCAGUGUGUGAAGCAUUUUAUAAUAGGAGUGCCUAAACUGGUGAGAUUGAUCUUCUUUAUUAUGUAAAUAUUGUAGAUUUUGAAAACCCUGAUCAUUGUGGCCCUAAGAAGAGGCUUCAGAAGUUAAAAGAAAGUAUAUUUUAUAUUUUUCCUUUUAGGCGUUAUAAUCCAAGUGUCUGUUUUUCUUUCUUUCAUUUUUUUCCCGGUUGUAGAGAAGGCGUGUAUCUUGGUUGAGUUUGAGGAAACUAACUCCAACCCAACUCAAUGUUUGGGCUUAUUGAGUGGAUUUUAAGUAUCAUUUUUAAUUCUUGGAUUAA